CUCUUCAUACUCUCAGGUAGUAUCGAGGCAGUAAGUCAGCCAUCAUGUCAGCACCUUCAGGAGUCAAGGUUUCGUCAGACAUCACCUCUGCUUUCACUGCAGCUCGUAAUGACCAAGAUGUCAGAGCACUCGUUUUCACCAUCCAAGGCGAAUCGUUUCAACUCCAUGCGACUCUCAAAGUCAAGGAAACAUUCAACGACGAUAUAGCCCUCCUUCCUCCUUCUCUCCCCUCCUCAAAGACCCCGGCGAGCUUUGCCUAUCGACUGGAUUCCAAAGACUCAGGAAAGUACGAAUGGAUGAUGAUUACUUAUGUUCCUGAUGAUGCACCUAUCCGAGCCAAGAUGCUUCAAGCAUCUUCGCGCUCAGCUUUGAUCAAAUCCCUCGGUGCUACAAAUUUCAAACAUGAUUGGCAUGCUACUUCUAUAGAUGACCUCACUCCCAACGCUCUAACGGCUCACAUGAAGCAUAUGGCCGCCCCUCCUCCCUUGUCAGCACAGGAAAUCGUCAUGGCAGGAGUGAGAGAGGCCGAAGCUGCCGAAGCCAACAGGGCACCGGAUCCUGAGAUUGAGGCAAGACGACGACAAGCUGUUGUGGCUCUGGGUGGGAAGAUACAAUGGGGAGAAGGAGUCGAAGAGGCUUUGAAGAAAUGUGCAGAGAGGAGUGAUGAGGGUUGGGUGGUAGUUUUGGAAAUCCCACAGAAAGCCCAGGGUUCCAUCGCUUUACUCAAAUCUGAAGCUUGUCCACCUUCACAAGUAGGCUCAAAGCUUCCAGACAAGACCCCAUCGUACACCUUCUAUUCGUACCCUACACCUCUUCCACCUGCAUCGCCGGUCAAACCUGCAAUGACCUCACCAGUCCCAGCAUCUGCUGCUCCCGCUUCGCCGAGGAACACAUUCCAAGCUACUCAAGGUGGUGUGAGAAUAGUUACAGCGUCAUCUGCGGAGAUCGUCAAUCGGUCAGACAGAAAGGACGAGAUAGAAGAAAAGGUGAUCAUAAAGGAGGAGGAAGAGAAAGAGGCUAUACAAGCAGAUACCAAAGAUGGUAGAGUCGUCUUUAUAUAUACUUGUCCAACGGCCAGUCCUGUCAAAUUCAGGAUGGUUUAUUCCUCCAGUGUCAGGGGUGUUCAACAAGAAGCGAUAGACAAAGCUGGCGUUCAAAUCGUGGCUAAGUUGGAAACAUCUGACACUACCGACAUCACCGAAUCUUACCUCUCUUCUUCUCUCAACUCGAAACCUUCCCACUCCUCCUCUCUCCCCAAUCCCGCCAUGGCCGGAUUCCCAUUCGGCCGUCCCAGACCCAUGCCGGCUCAACCUGCCCGAUCAGCCUCGCAAAUUCCACUUCCAUCUUCUGGUCCUGUCACUCCAGUCACCAGUGUAGCUGGGGAAGAGGAUGACGGGCAAGGUGGAGUCCGUAAAGCGUUUGACUCGUUUGGACCUAGAGUGAACGCUGCGUCCAGUAUGGGACCAGGGUUUGGAAGACCUUGGCCUGUAGGAAAGAAACCUCUAGCUUGACGGUUUGAUGUUAUUAUCAUGAAGAGUAUGAGAGUCGGGGUGGUACAUCUUCUUUCACAUGUAUACAUGUUACGUCUCUGAUGGAAAGAUACGAGGGAGGCAUGUAUUCGGAUAGUUUUAUGUGUGC